AUGGCUCGGCCGCUGCUGGCAGUGGUCGCCAUGGUGCUCGUGCUGGCCGCCGCUGGCGCCCAUGGCUUCCGGAUCGAGGAGGCGAGCGUGGCCAGCAUCCAGCUCGGCUUCAACAACGGCAGCCUCACCUCCGUGGACCUCGUCCGGUUCUACCUGGACCGCAUCCGCGGCCUCAACCCGCUCCUCCGCCCCGUCAUCGAGUGUGUGACCGCCGGCGGGCCCCUCGACGGCAUCCCCGUCCUGCUCAAGGACAACAUCGCCACCCGCGACGCGCUCAACACCACGGCCAGGUCGUUCGCCCUCCUCGGCUCCGUGGCCAGGCGGGACGCCGGCGUGGUGCGCAGGCUUCGGCGGGCCGGCGCCGUGGUGCUCGGCAAGACCAACAUGGACGAGUGGGCCAACUUCCGCAGCCUCGCCGGCAUCGAUGGCUGGAGCGCACGCGGCGGCCAGGCCCGGGCAGGUGGAGGGGAAGGAGAACGAGGGACGGGAUUGCUUUUUUAA